AUGGACGAUUCACCUUGCUUCACGUUUGGUCACUUCUCCUCCGGCGACGGUGUUGCAAUGCUUGAUAUUUCUAAUUAUGGACGAAGAGUUGAUCAUCAUAGAGAUAUGCAUAUGGAUACCGAUCAUAUGUCUUAUGAGAUGGAAUACAAUGAUCAAGAAAGAAUCGGAAUGUUGGAUUGCAGUCAUGGAUACCAUGUGGACUGCAUCAAGAAAUGGCUAACCGUUAAAAACACAUGCCCAAGGGGAAAUUACCAAAAGAUGGUAGCCGAGGGGAAAUUACCAAAAAACACCCUCGCUUGUGGGGAUUAUGGGAAUGAUGCUGAGCUGUUCACCAUUCCAGAUGUACACGGUGUCAUGGUCAAGAAUGCACAAGAAGAACUAUUGCAGUGGUAUGCUGAAAAUGCCAAAAAUAACCCUAAGAUUAAACAUGCAGAUGAAACGUGUACAGCUGGUAUUAUACAAGCAAUUGGUCAUUUUAAGCUUGGACCAAGCACAUCACCAAGAGACUUACCCUUCCCUGACCUUUUCAAGUUGGACGAUUUUGACCCUGCAUAUGAAGUAGUCAAGUUUUACUUGUAUCUGGAGAGCUGGUUUCGUGGUGAUAUUGAGAAUCCUGCACAAUAUUUGUACAAUUUGAAAGCAGUUUGUUCUUCAUCUGGUUCUUAUUUUAGUCCAUUUGGUGUUGAGCAAUCUCUUCAUGAACUGAUUGGUAAGCUAGAAGAAUGCUAUGGGGAGAAAAAAGGGACAAAAAUUCGAAUUUGGGUUGAUCAAGUUUUCCCUUCUCAGCUUGAUUCAAACACAUGGCUGGUGAAGUUCAAGAAGUUGGAGCAAUCUGGUGAAGAGCAAAUGUGUUGCUUUACCACAAUUAUACUGAUUUUAAAGGAUAUGAAACUUUCACAAGGGUUGACUUGGGUUCAUGUGCACCAAACAUGGAUGGAUGGAUCAACGAGUGAUAACAAAAAUUGGUUUCUUUAA